ACCUGAAGAAUAUUAACAUCUUAUUACCAACACCCUAUUUUUACGUUUAUCAUCUCUCUUUGGGCCAGAGGAGAGAGAGGAGAGAGAGGAGAGAGAGAGAAGCCAGAGCACGAAAAUCGAGCAACAAUGGCUGCUUGCAAUGUCAACUCAGUUUACUCAGCAGCAUCUGUUUCAGCCAUUGUUGCACAGCCAAAGCUCCAAUCCCGUACGUCUCUCUCCCGAUAUAAUCCCAAUCCAAAUCCCAAAUUCCCCAACAUUCUCCUCUUCUCGUCUCGUGGCGUUGACCUAAUCUCGCGUCGAUCCUCUAGAACUCCGAAUUUCCUGGUUUUGGGGAGUUCUAAGGCGGAGCCGCUGAGAGUGAUGAUAUCUGGGGCUCCUGCUUCUGGUAAGGGAACACAAUGUGAGCUCAUCACUCAGAAAUAUGGCCUGGUGCAUAUUGCUGCUGGAGAUUUGCUUAGGGCAGAAAUUGCAGCUGGGAGUGAGAAUGGGAGGAGAGCAAAGGAGUGCAUGGAGAAAGGACAAUUGGUUCCAGAUGAGAUAGUUGUUAUGAUGGUGAAGGAGCGCUUGUCAAAGCCGGACUCUCAAGAAAAAGGCUGGCUUUUAGAUGGAUAUCCUAGGAGCUCAUCACAAGCAAUUGCUCUCAAGGGAUAUGGGUUUGAACCAGAUAUUUUUAUUCUUUUAGAUGUACCUGAAGGGAUUCUUGUUGAGAGAGUUGUUGGACGAAGGUUGGACCCUGUUACAGGGAAGAUAUACCACAUAAAGUACUCUCCUCCUGAGACUGAAGAAAUUGCUUCAAGGCUUACUCAACGCUUUGAUGAUACAGAAGAAAAGGUGAAGUUGCGAUUGAACACGCAUAAUGAAAAUGUAGAGGCAGUACUUUCCAUAUAUGAGGACAUUACAAUUAAGAUCAAUGGAAAUGUUUCCAAGGAGGAUGUGUUUGCACAAAUCGACAGUGCCUUGCAGAAUCUUCUUCAGCAAAGGAAAGCAACUUCAGGAUCGCAUGCAGCUUAGAGCCACAGACGAUUAAAAGAUAUAAAGACUAGUCUAAUCUCCAAUAUACUUGCACGAGUAUAAACAACAGUGGCUUUCUGCAUCUUCCUAAUACUCCUGAAUCUGAGAAGAGCGCAAAACUAAUGUAUCACCGGUGCUGGUCGGAAACAUAGAAACUCUUUUCGUUUCGUUUUGUUUUGUUUUGUUUUAAUUAGCCCAGAGAAUGAUCUACCAUACAUGUUGUGUACAUAAAUCAGCUUCCAUAGUGAGUGUGCUUGGAUGCAAAGUGGCAAAAAAGAAUAGGGGAAAAAUCUUUGCAUUCAAAAUUUUCAACGGUGACAUUUCUAUUCAUGUGUGUAAUUUUAAACAUUUCUUGUCAAGAAGAAAUAAAAAUGAAACUUAAGUACA